AUGUCCGAUAUUCAAGCUUUGAACCACUUCCUUCGGAAGCCAGUUUCAUCGGACAUGAUCCAAUGUCUGGUUAACACUACCAAUUCGGUCAUUUCUGUCUCUGAACAAUCAAAGUCGGCUUACCCAUCACCACCACCCUCUCCUUUGGAUGACUCGCCAAUUCCUUCACUGUACGAAUUCAUCGAAGCUUUGAUCAACCACUCUCAUGUUCAAACACCAACCUUAAUGUCUUCUCUGGUUUAUCUUAUCAGACUGCGCGAGAUCCUUCCUCCAAAUAGCACGGGAAUGGAAACCACCAGACACAGAAUCUUUCUUGGUUGUCUUAUCCUGGCCGCCAAGAACCUCAAUGAUUCAUCUCCUUUGAACAAACAUUGGACAAAAUACACAAACGGCCUGCUCAGUCUUAAAGACGUCAACACUCUCGAGAUGGAGCUCAUCGGCUACCUUGGCUGGGAUAAUAUCAGAAUCAGACAAUCAGACCUAAUUACCGUCUUCAGUCCGUUCCUUGAGCCUAUCAAGUCCAAACUGAGACGUCAAUCAGAAGCAAGAAUAGCAAAGCACAGAGAAACAGUCAAGACAAUCACCCCUCCGCUGGGAUCGCCAACCCAACCUUUGUACGCGUCGUGGACGAAACCUCCUUCAUUGCCAUACCUGCCAUCUCCUUCGUCCUUGAGACCAAAGACCGCAGGUAUCAGAAGAACCACAGGCUCCACAAAGCUCAAUGCCAAAUACAACGCCCAGCAACAACAAUUGCAGAAACCGUUCUCUUUCCAAUCGCUUCCAACUACCGCUUCCGUCCAUUCGCUUACAACCUCCUCAUCAAUCCCUUCGCUUGCCUCCUCGAACGCCACCCUGGCUUCUUCAUACUCAACAGAUAACUUCUGUCCAAAGCCAAUGAGGCUACCAACGUCUCUGUCACGUGACUUCGAGGCCAACAAGGAAAAUCUCUCCUCGGGACCAUACCUCAAGGUCAUUAAUCCAGACCUCUUGUCUCCGAUCUACUAA